GUGCAGGUGGAGAGAGUAACUGCUGGAUAUCGGAGCCUGGAGGUUUCACUGGAGGGCUCCUCUUUAACUCUCUCGACAGUUUUCUUUUUAUGACUCUAAGGACUUUGUCCAUUUGUGUUUUAUUUAAUAUUUGUGUUUUGGACAUAACUUAACUUUAAUCUGAAGGUUCAGUCUUGCUGUUGCCAUCAGUGGAUGAAGUCAAUGGUUACUGAAUCCCAACAGUCAGGUGUUCUUUGAGGAGUAAAAAACUGUUGGAGGAGGAAAGUUUUCCUCACAGACUGCAUCUCAUCCUCAAGGAGUUUGUUGUUGCUGCUGUUUCUGAGACACCCGUCUUCAGCGAGCUGCGUGAUCAUGGCAGACUUCCCGUCCAAGGUUUCCACGGAAACUAGCUCCCCCAACUCCCAGAGCGCUCAGCAGGGGGGCAGCAGCCUCCGAGGGAUGGCCGCCGACGUCACCACUAUGCUGGACAUGUCCUUUAUCCGAAGCAUCCCGGCCAUCCUCAUGAUGGCUGAAAUAUUUCUGGGGCUGCUCCAGUGGGCGUUGAUAGCCAGCGCUCCCUACACGUGGGUGCCAGCCUAUGGCUGGGUGAUGUUUGUGGCCGUCACCCUGUGGAUCCUCACCACCAUCCUCUUCUUCAUGAUCCUGUUCGGCGCCCAGGAAAAGCUCACCUUCGUCCCCUGGCCCCUGGCGGUGAUGGCGUAUCACGCCGCAGCCGCGGUCCUCUAUCUGACCGCCUUCCUGGCCAACGCAGCAUCCGUGCACCCCUACCGCUACUACACCAGUUUCUACGGACAUAUGGCAGCUGCCGCCUUCUUUGGUGCUGUGGUGACCUUGGCAUACGGUGCCAGUGCUUUCUUCUCCUAUCUGAGCUGGAAGGGAGAUGGAGGGAACGCUGCCACCAACACAGUGCCGACCUAGGACUCAAACAUGGGAUGCUGAUCUCCUCGUGUUUUCUGUCCCUCAAGAUGCUGUAGUUAUUCGGAUAUUCUACUUGAUACGUAUGACUGCUGACUCUGGUAACCCAAAUCCUGACCUCUUCUCAACCCCAGUAUUAACAAUAAGAUGAAACCUUAGAUAUCCUCUAUUAUAUUAGUUUUUUUUUCCAAUUACUUUUGCCAUCACAAUAUGGAAAGAAAGUGUAAAACACAACAACACAAUAUUUCUCUGAAUUUAAGGCCUGCACUGAGGCCUCAAAUUCAGGCGUUCCUGAAAUCAUACAUUUAAUGAUGCUAUUGUAAAUAUGCAAAUAUAGCAGACAGUGCCUUGAAUUCUUGUUAAUCGCACAGCCUAUUGGCAUCAUAUAGUUGCCAUCACCUCCGGGUUGCAUUUAGAAUGCACAAAUGUCAAACUCUUACCUUCUUAGACAGAUUUGUAUCACUCUCAGGUCUGUACGAUGAAGCUUCAGCACCGGCAGCAGCCGGUUAGCUUAGCCUAGCAUGAAGACUGAACACAAGGGGAAACAGCUAGCUUGUUUCUGUCCCCCUCACCAGCUCCUCCAAAGCUCACUGAUUCAUUUUUGUUAUAUUUGAACACAGCCAGGCUAGCUGUUGUUUGUGCUAAGCUAUGCUAACUGGCUGGCGGCUGUAGUGUCAUACAUGUUGUAUCAAUUUUCUUCUCUUACUCUUUGCAUCUUCCCAAAAUGUUAAACUACUCCUUUAAGGUUCAGGUCACCCAACUAUGGACGACUUUACAAUGCAAACUAAAUAAUUUCAACUGCAGAGGAAAUGCAGUUUUUUGUUCAUAUUCUGAAUGACAUACUCUGCCAUUCUAACAAAUAUAAGAACAUUGUAAAACAUGUUUUAUACAAUGGGAUCCAUUUUGUAAACAUUUCCUCCAGUGUGUGGUACUAUGACGUGACUUUUAUCAAGGAGACAAAUGAAGAUCCACAGUUAUUGUUUUGUAUUUCUUGUUUACAGAGAGCAGUAUGUGUUGCAUUGGUUAGGCUGGUUGAGCACCACUGUAGGACUGUCAUGACCGGCUCCACUCCAUGAUUUUGCUUUCUGUGACGCUCAUAUUGGGAAGUUGCUCUAAUACCAGAACAUGGCCGUGCAGAAGGUGUGGAGAAUGACUGUUUGCUAAGUAUCUCUGUCCUGCAGAAAUCCAAUUACAUUGUCUCUCCUGGAUAUACAGGCUCAGGUUGACACUUAAGCUCUCCAUAGACCAAGCCAAAGCCCUGAUAACGAAUUGAAAAAUGUACAUGGGGAAAUGUACUCUCUUGAGUCAGGCAUGUUAUAAAGACGCAGGACACUAAUGACUCUUUGCUGUGGAAAAAGGUGUGUAACACACAUCCUUUUGAUUUUCCAGAUACAGUGCUCAACUCCUUUUGUAUGUGCCUUUAUGACAGUGUCUUUUUGUACCAAGAAUUUGAAGACUUGUGAAAUGCAGUGGCGAGUGCUGCAGCUCAAGCCUGCACUUGUUCCAAUAAAGCACUAGGUGAUGUCAA